ACCUCCUGUACUGUAGAAUGUAGUGUGGACCAUAGGACAGGACGAAGUACUACCGUUAAGAAGCUGUGGGGGGCAGUAAAACGCCUAAAAUGCUCUACGAGUCUGCUGGAAGUUGAAAGAAGAAGAAGGAGGACAAAGCAAAAUGGCGUUUGAUGGAGAAGGCCGAAACGUGGCCAUAAUAGUUUAGUGUUUUUAAUCAGUGCGUACAUGUACACAUACAUGUAUUUUGACAGAGUAAACAUCUUUAAUUAUUGUUUGUUAUCGGAUACAUUGCUCCGAGUGCAAUUUGACGCUUCUCGUGUUUGCUAUUUUAGCUUAAGCUAAUUUAGCUUAGCCGCUAACAAAGACCCGACGUAGUUGUAGACUUGCACGGAUCGACGACGCGGGACUCCUUGUCAACACCUCGCUAAUCACUGACUUUGUGUGAGUGUAAAGUGUUGGGAUUGCGUGAACAUGUGCGAAAGAACAACAGCGGAGGACGAGUAAGAAUUUUCUCCAACGAAAGACAAAAAUCCACUACUGGAGGCUGUGUCAGAGAAACAUCAAGUUGUGUUACACAUAACAGACGUCUGUGAAAAACAACUUGUCCUUGAGCAACAGAAGUGCAGCUUCACAAUGGACCAAGAGGAGCCACGUCCCUCCCACAUUAAAAAUAAAGACCAGACCCCCCACAAUAGAAAGGUGGAGGGGGACCCACUGAUCCCUCACUUUAAAGAGGAAAAGGAGGUGCCAGAUACCUUGCACAUUAAAGAAGAAAAGGACCAACUUACCCUCCAAGUCAAAAAGGAAGAGGAAGCACCACAAUCCCCUCACGUUAAAGAGGAAGAGGAGGAACACAGCAUCAGUCAGGUGGGAGAGCAUCUUGAAGGACCGGAGGAGGUUGAUGUCACCAAGAUGCCAGUGACUGGUGUCCCUGUGAAGAGUGAAGAUGAGGUGAAAGGUGAAAGUGAGGAGAGGGGAGGGGGGGUGCCUCCAAGCAGCAGCUCAACACAACACAUGACAACAGAAGCUGAUGGAGACCACUGUGGAGGAUCACAAGCAGACAAGCUCUUAGCUCCACUAUCAGAUAGUGAGGACACAACCUCACACUCUCCUGACACUGAUGAUGAAGACUCUAAAGAUGAUAAAACAUGUCACACUGACAACACUCACUUCACAUGUUCUCACUGUGACAAAACUUUUAAUCACCGUUCUUAUCUGAAAAGACACAUGAGAAUACACACUGGAGAAAAACCUUUUUCCUGCUCGGACUGCGGUAGAGAUUUUGCACGAAAAGAUACGUUGAAAGACCACAUGCGAACACACACUGGAGAAAAACCGUUUUCCUGUUCAAUCUGUGGUAAAGGUUAUAGACAAAAUCAGUGUUUGAAAGAACACAUGACAAUACACAGUGGGAAAAAACCUUUUUCCUGUUCAAUUUGCGGUAAAGAUUUUGUACAACGACAGUAUGUAAAAGUACACAUGAGAACACACACUGGUGAAAAACAGAUUUCUUGCUUAAUCUGCGGAAAAAGUUUUGCGCGACGCGGGUAUUUGAAAAUACACAUGAAAUUACAUUCCGGAGAGAAAACUUUUACCUGUUCAGUCUGUGGUAAAGGAUUUGUGCAAAAUCAAAAUUUGACAGUCCACAUGAGAACACACACCGGUGAAAAGCCAUAUUCCUGUUCACUCUGCAGCAGACGAUUUUCUGACCGAUCAGCAUUUGUGGUACACAUGAGAGCGCACAGCGGUGAAAAACCUUAUUCCUGUUCGAUCUGCAACAAAACCUUUUGUGGCCGUUCAUCACUUGGAAGACACAUGAGAACACACACAGGAGAGAAAGUGUUGAGUUGCAGUGUGUGUGGUGAAAGAUUGUCUUCUAAGUACCAGUGUAAGAAACACAAGUGUGCUGGUGAGAACAGCAGCAAUAAGGGUUUGAAAUAAACUCUGUCUUCCUAAAAACAUCAACAAUUUUACACGUGAUGACAUUGUUGUGUGUGUAACACAAUCUUGUUAAUGUUUAUAGAUUAGAUAUUUUUAGAUUUGUACUUUCUUCUGUUAGGUACAUGCAUUAAAGGCCCACUGAAAUUAGAUUUUCUUAUUUAAACGGGGAUAGCAGGUCCAUUUUAUGUGUCAUACUUGAUCAUUUCGCAAUAUUGCCAUAUUUUUGCUGAAAGGAUUUAAUAGAGAACAUCCACGAUAAAGUUCGCAACUUUUGGUUGCUAACAGAAAAGCCUUGCCUCUACCGGAAGUCGCAGACGAUGACGUCACAUGUUGAUGGCUCCUCACAUAUUCGCAUAGUUUUUAAUGGGAGCCUCCAACAAAAACAGCUAUUCGGAACGAGAAAACGAUGAAAGAUUUGUGUUUUAGGAUAUUGAUAGCGACAGACUAGAAAAAAAAAAACGAGACUGCAUUGGGACGGAUUCAGAUGUUUUCAGACACAUUUACUAGGAUAAUUCUGGGAAAUCCCUUAUCUUUCUAUUGUGUUGCUAGUGUUUUAGUGAGUUUAACAGUACCUGAUAGUCGGAGGGGUGUGUCCACAGGUGUCUUGACGCCAGUGUCUCAGGGAAGUCGACGGCAGCUUUAUGGGCGGCAUAAGCUCAGCUGAUCUCCGGUAAGAAGCGACUUUUUACAUCAAUUUUUUCACCAAAACCUGCUGGUUGACAUUUGGUCGGGAUCCAUGUCCGCUGUGAUCCAUAGUAAAUUUUCACCUCCUGGAAUUUUAAACACGGAAUCACCGUGUGUUUGUGUGGCUAAAGGCUAAAGCUUCCCAACUCCAUCUUUCUACUGUGACUUCUCCAAUAUUAAUUGAACAAAUUGCAAAAGAUUCAGCAACACAGACGUCCAAAAUACUGUGUAAUUAUGCCGUUAAAGCAGACGACUUUUAGCUGUGUGUGUGUGCAGCGCUCAUAUUUCCUAACAGUCUGUGACGUCAAGCGUACACGUCAUCAUUACGCGACGUGUUCAAGAAGAAACUCCCGGGAAAUUUAAAAUUGCAAUUUAGUAAACUAAAAAGGCCGUAUUGGCAUGUGUUGCAAUGUUAAUAUUUCAUCAUUGAUAUAUAAACUAUCAGACUGUGUGGUGGCUAGUAGUGGCUUUCAGUAGGCCUUUAAUACGCAACAUUGUGUACUAAAAUGAACAUAAUUUGGCUGAAAAGGUGAGAGUAAACAGUUCAAAAUAUGUUACAUAAAAUAAAAAACGUAUGUAUGUGUGUAUAUAUAUAUAUAUAUACCUAAUUAACUUUUAUACUUUUAUUCUUUGUAGGGUUUUUAUACUGCUUAUUUUCCGUUAUGUGACUUCUUCCCAGAAGUGAAAAACAAGCCAAGAUUUCAGUUUGAAAACUGAGUAUGCAAAGGGUUUAGAUAUUCCUGCAAAAAGCAGAUACGAGCAAAAAAAAAAAUCCAACUAUGCAAUGAAAUAGAUUACUUGAUCAAAAAAAGAUUUUUUGAGUGAUAUCAAGGAUUAUACGUCGGUGCUGUUCUCAGACAUACGGGACUAUUGUGCUCCAGACAUCAUUCUACACGACAAAUGAGAUGGAAACUUGUAAAAGCAUGGAGGUCUGCGACUUCUUUGUGUCCUUUGGUCAAGGACAUUGGUACCAAGACUCUCCCGGAUAAUUAUGCAUCGGUUUUGCUCGGGCGAGGUUGCAUUUCAUGAUUUAAAUUUGCGUGUUGUGAGGACGGCGUCCAUGUAAACAGAGACUUCUAGCACCUGGGACUUCUUAUCAAUUAAACGAACAAUUACUGAAUUAUAACCAUAUUUAAUUUUUUUCCUGCUGUCAUAUGUACUUUGACACAAUUGUGUACACAAUAAAAAAAGAGAGGAGACAGAGAAUUACCUUUCCUGACACUAUCAUUGACCCCGACUUGCGUUUUUUUUCUAAAUACAUACAAUAUCAAGAUAAUAGUUAAAUGGGAAGUAAUAAACAUUAAAGAGAUGUCAAACCUUUUACGAAGUGGUCACUCGGGGAUUCUUUAAAGGGGAACAUUAUCAGCAGACCUAUGCAAGCGUCAAUAUAUACCUUGAUGUUGCAGAAAAAAGACCAUGUAUUUUUUUAACCGAUUUCCGAACUCUAAAUGAGUGAAUUUCGGCAAAUUAAAUGCCUUUAUUUUUAUCGGCCUUUUAGCGAUGACGUCAGAACGUGACGUCGCCGAGGUAACACAGCCGCCAUUUUAAUUUUCUCAGCUCUGUUAUUUUCCGUUUUUUUGACUAUUUUUUGGAACCUUGGAGACAUCAUGCCUCGUGGGUGUGUUGUCGGAGGGUGUAACAACACUAACAGGGAGGGAUUCAAGUUGCACCACUGGCAAGAAAUCUGCCGCCAGACCUCCAUUGAAUGUACCAAAGUGUCUUCACAUUUGACCGGCGAUGCUAAGACAGACAUGGCACAGAGAUGUAUGGAUAACCUGCAGAUGCAUUUGCAACCAUUAAGUCAACCAAAUCACAAAGGUGAGUUUUGUUGAUGACUUAUGUGCUAAUCAGACAUAUUUGGUCACGGCAUGACUGCCAGAUAAUCAAUGCCAACAUGCUACGCUAAUCAAUGCUAACAUGCUAUUUACGCUAGCUGUAUGUACAUUUGAAACUAGUCACCCACAUUUAAUGCGAAACAAACACUUACCAUUCGACGGAUUUAAGUUGCUCCAGUGUCACAAGAUGCGAACGUCCUGAUCGUUUGGGCCGCACAUUUUACCGGCGAUGCUAAUAAGGCAGCCAUGCUAUGGGCCACUUCAUUAGGUACACCCACGCUAUGGCCGAAUAGCGUCAAUAGCUUCAAUUUGGUUUUCGCUAUCUGCCUCCAUACUCCCACCAUCUGUUUCAAUACAUGCGUAAUCAGUUGAAUCGCUUAAGCCGCUGAAAUCCGAGUCUGAAUCCGAGCUAAUGUCGCUAUAUCUUGCUGUGGUAACCGCCAUGUUGUUUGUAUUGGCAGCACUGUAUGACGUCACAGGGAAAUGGAUAGUGGUUUCGAAGAUAGUGUCAUUAGGGAUAUUCCAGGAGGUGUAAAAUUUUGAAAAAAAAAUUGGAAAAAUAAAACAAGCCGCUGGGAACUGAUUAUUGUUUUUAACCCAUUUGAAAUUGUGAUAAAGUUUCCCUUUAAGUCUGCUUCCUGGAAGUGGCGUGCGUGCUAUUUUGUCGUCUUUCUUGAUUGCCUCUCGAGGAACUCUGAUGAAUUUUUUAUCCUUUUUGUAAUUUGAAGGGCUUGUACGGCCGAAAAGUACACAAACAUAGGGCUUUUUGUUUUUUCUUUCAAGAAAGUACCCAUUGAGAACUGGCGCUGGCUUGACCACCACGCAUAUUUUAUUCCGAAACGUGAGCCGGACGUGACGUCAUUCAAAUUGGUUUAAGAAACAAUGUAGUCUAACAUAUUUUCAUUUCUAAUUGUAAAUGAAUCUAUAGAUCCUUUAUAACAUGGGUGUCAAACUCUGGCCCGCAAGCCAAAUCUGGCCCUCCGUGUAACUUCAUUUGGCCCUUGAGGUAAUAUCAAGUUAAGAAUGGAGCUGGCCCGCCGGUAUUAUACAGCGGCGAUGCCUCUGUAACACCGCUGAUACUCAUACUUGCCAACCCUCACGAUUUUCCCGGGAGACUCCCAAAGUUCAGUGCCUCUCCCUGGGCAACCAUUCUUCCGAAUUUCUCCCGAUUUCCACCCUUUGCGUCCUCUACAGCAUGUCGUCACGUCCGCUUUUCCGCCAUACAAACAACGUGCCGGUACAGUCACAUAAUAUACGCUGCUUUAAACACACACAAGUGAAUGCAACGCAUACUUGAUCAACAGCCAUAAGGGUCACACUGAGGGUGGCCGUAUAAACAACUUUAACACUUUUACAAAUACGCGCCACACUGUGAGGACACACCAAACAAGAAUGACAAACACAUUUCAGGAGAACAUCCGCACCGUAGCACAACAUAAACUCAAAAGAAAUACCCAGAACCCCUUGCAGCACUAACUCUUCCGGGACGCUAUAUAUAUACACACUCCCGCUACCACCAAACCCCGCUCCUCCAAUUUUUAUUUACAUUUUAUUUAAUAUGCCAUUGAUAUUUUUUCCUCAUUAGAAUAAUUUGAAACUCGAUUUUGUAUGUGACUAUAAAGUUAUAUAAGCCUUGCUUGUUUAAUAUUCAAUGCAAAACUUGUUUGGGUCCCUAUUAAAAGGUUCAUUUGUUCAAACUUGGCCCGCGGCUUUGUUCAGUUUUAAAUUCAGGCCCACUCUUUAUUUGAGUUUGACACCCCUGCUUUAUAAGAUAUACAUAUUUGUUUUACAUUUGUUCAUACUUUUGCUUUUGAGUACACAUCAAUUCCUCUUAGAUCAUAUUUACUGGUUCACAUCUGAAACAUCUUCUGGAAGCAUUUUAUUAUUUACUGUAUACAUCAUUUGAACAGUUGUCCUUUAUACAAGAUCAUUUACUUUUAAAUGUGUGACUUUAUGAUUCAUUGGUCGUGUCUGUAAUCAAUUUCAUUAUCUUGUUUACUCUCUUUUGUAACAUGAAUAUUAGGUUGUGUUUUUUUUCCCAAGCAUGUCCCCAGAUCUUGAUGCAAUACAUAGAUGAGAGAAGAUGGCAUACAUAUUUGUGGAAGCUUAUGAAGGAUGUUUUUUGGUUUUAAUGAUCUACAUAUGUGAAUAAAAUGAAUUAGCCGUGACAAUUAUAGUGCUUAAAUAACA